AUGCCUCCCAACAGUGCUAAAUGGUCCAAAUUUUGGAAAAAUGCAGUCCUUGGCAAAUUCUUCAAUCCUGUCGAUCUCCCGCCAGAAGUCGUUCACCACUCCUUCAGUGGAUCUGGCAGUCUGGAAGAUCCCUACAUUGUCGGAUGGAUGCCAGGCGACAACGACAACCCCAUGAACUUCCGCGAUACAAAGAAAUGGCUUCUCAAUCUACUUGGUGCCUUCUCUGCCUUUACCGUUGCCCUCGUCUCAUCUGCUUACUCGGGUGCCCUCGCCAGGAUUGUUAUGCACUUUGCGACAUCCGAAGAAGUCGCACUACUAGGAGUGUCCCUGUUUGUUAUCGGCUUUGCUGUUGGUCCUCUUAUGUGGGCCCCCUUGAGUGAGCUGUAUGGUCGUCGCUACAUUUUGGUCGCGAGUGGUGCGGCACUGACUGUGACUCUUGCUGGUAUCGCUGGGGCACACAACAUCGAGACUCUCCUUAUUUUGCGAUUCCUCGCUGGUAGCCUCGGCUCUGCACCCAUGGCUGUUCCUGCGGGAAUAAUUGCAGAUCUGUUUCCUCCAGCCACCCGCGGCUUGGCUCUUGGACUCUUUGUGGUCGGGUCCUGCGUGCCUAUCCCGUACCUUUUCUAUAUUUACGGCGCUCGCAUCCGGAAGAGAUGCCAUUAUGCUGCCGUGGCAGAUGCAUUCAUGGAGCGCCUUUUGGAAGCUUCCAAGGAAUCCACUGCGCCUACAAAAGGUGAUUUGAGUGAUAGUGAAGUCAGCUCCACGAGUCCACGCCAGACAGAAUCUGUUCCCCAGCGCACCGCCAGUGUAAGCUUGGAAGACGGACGAGGUUCUGAACCUGGCCACGCUGGCACGGAUCGUCCUCAAGGAAGUCUAAAAAGCAGACAGCCAGUCCACCGACGAUGUGAUGACUCUGAUAGAAAGCAUUGA